CUUCAAUCUCCUAGUCGUUGCAAUUAAUAAGAAGUCACUUCGAGAGAAUUUUAGAGAGAGAGAGAGAGAGAGAGAAAGAGAAUGAAUACGACGGAGGAGACGGAGGGAGAGGAGGUGUUGGGAUCCAGGUUGACGAUGGAGAAGGUAGCGGCGGCGAAGCAGUUCAUAGAGAAUCAUUAUAGAGCUCAGAUGAAGAAUAUUCAAGAACGGAAGGAGAGACGAUUUGUGUUGGAGAGAAGAUUAGCUAGUUCUGAUGUGCCCAAGGAGGAACAGAUCAAUCUCAUAAAAGAUUUGGAGAGGAAAGAGACAGAGUUUAUGCGACUUAAGAGGAACAAGAUUUGUGUUGAUGAUUUUGAGCUUUUGACUAUUAUUGGGAGGGGGGCCUUUGGUGAGGUUCGGUUGUGUCGGGAGAAGAAAUCUGGUGACAUCUAUGCUAUGAAGAAGUUGAAGAAAUCUGAAAUGCUUAAGAGAGGACAGGUAGAACAUGUCAGGGCUGAGAGGAACUUACUGGCUGAAGUUGCUAGCCACUGCAUAGUGAAGCUCUACUACUCAUUCCAGGAUGCAGAAUACUUAUAUUUGAUUAUGGAAUAUCUUCCUGGUGGUGAUAUGAUGACUUUGCUGAUGAGGGAGGACACAUUAAGUGAAAAUGUGGCUAGAUUUUACAUUGCUCAGAGUGUCCUGGCUAUCGAGUCAAUUCACAAACAUAACUACAUUCACAGAGAUAUCAAACCUGACAAUCUUCUUCUGGACAAAAAUGGUCACAUGAAGUUAUCGGAUUUUGGCCUUUGCAAGCCUCUUGAUUGUUCAACUUUGUAUGCAAUUCAUGAAGAUAAAACCAUUGAUGAUGAAAAUAUGGCGGAACCAAUGGAUAUCGAUGGGUGUUUUCCUGAUACCGAUAAUAAAAGUAGUUGGAAAAGUGCCCGUGAGCAGCUUCAGCACUGGCAGAUGAACAGAAGGAAACUGGCAUUUUCAACUGUGGGAACACCUGACUACAUUGCUCCCGAGGUUUUAUUAAAGAAAGGAUAUGGCAUGGAAUGUGACUGGUGGUCACUAGGAGCAAUAAUGUAUGAAAUGCUUGUUGGAUAUCCUCCAUUUUACUCAGAUGAUCCAAUCACCACAUGUAGAAAGAUUGUCCAUUGGAGGAAUCAUCUAAAAUUUCCAGAAGAUUUGAGGCUAUCACCUGAAGCAAAGGAUCUCAUUUGUAGGUUACUAUGCAAUGUUGAACAUAGAUUAGGCACUGGAGGGGCUCACCAGAUAAAAGCUCAUCCUUGGUUCAAAGAUGUUGCAUGGGAUAAACUAUAUGAAAUGGAGGCAGCAUUUAAACCAGAAGUCAAUGGAGAGCUGGAUACCCAGAACUUUAUGAAGUUUGAUGAAUUGGAUCCUCCAGCAUCAACAAGAACUGGCACAGGACCUUCACGGAAGAUGCUAUUAACUCCCAAAGAUUUGAAUUUUGUUGGCUAUACAUACAAGAACUUUGAUGCUAUCAAAGGGCUAAAACAUUCAUAUGAUACAGAUGUUUGGAAAGCCUAGAACUCGAUGACUCAAUUUGAGACUGGAAAAGAUAUGUACAAUGUUUAAUUACUUUUAGAGAGUGAAGGUAGGGGUUGUUUCACGGGAGCAAGAGAUUUAGCAGUCAGUUGCUGCUCCAAUUUUUCUUCCUAGUGAAUUAUUUGUUAGAAUGAAGCCUGAAAACUUUAGCAAAAUCAGGCACCAUUAUAGGUGCUUGAAAGGGGCUAUUUGUUAAGAUUUAGACUGGAUCAUUAUGGCCCAACUCUGACUGAUAUAACUAAAAAGAAGCUCAUUUUAGGUAUUGCUAGAAAGAGUUUGCAGACGUUGCUGAAAGAUUUUCUAGGGAUAACAGGUUUCUGUGUGGAACGACGACUAAGUUCUGUUCUGUACAAAUAUGACAGAAUAAACCUGAAAUGAGAUGCCUGUGGUACUGGACAGAAAAUAGUAUUUUACUAGACUCAAGUUUUCAAUAGAUAAUCUGAUUCAGAACCAAAUACAUCUUACUCAAGUCUGUCAAAUUUUGGUCGUUAUGGGAUGGUAAAUUUGGAACCCAUAUUUCCACAUGAAUCACCUAACAAAUGCUCAGAAUUAGCCAUUGUAUCAUUUAAUAGAUGAAUUAUUGACUAGAUAAAGCUUUCAAAUGGUUCCCAAGGCUUGAAAUUUAGAGCAGUUACAUUGUGAAUAAGCAUGUCAGGAUGUUUUGUUCCACGUAUGAUUUCAACUUUUUUUCUGGAUUUCUUCUGCUCUUAAUUUUUGUUGCCAACUGUUUUCAUUGGAAAGGGGACAACAAAGUCUCUACUUUCUGAUGGGGGAAAUUUUAACUUUUAGCUUGUACCAUUUU